CCGCAACGCCCGAAAAAUGCCUCAGACACACACAGCGCAGUCCGAGCAGUCGAAAACCUCGGCUGCUUACUCCGCUCCCGCCAUCCCGAUCAUUGUCCCCACUUCCCUUUCCCGAGCCGUGUCCCCUUGUGCAAUCGCAUCCAGGGCUCGGCCGCCGAAGAAAAAGACACUAGACACGUGUGUGUAUGAAAAUCGAGAAAUAGAGUAAGUGUCCCGCACAGCUUGCCUGCUCUGUCCGGCCUUGGGUGUGGGUUGCAUUGCUUGCUAUUCGACCCGCCUCUCUGAGAAGACCCACAGGCUCUCGAACCUGCCGUUGUUGAAGCGCUGAGACGUCCGCUGCAACAUGCCCUGACCAAUCAACCAACAGUCACACAACACACAUGCGGCCCUGUGCUGGUUUGUGGGUCACCAUGUGUGUGCUAUGCGUACCUCUGAAGUGAGUGUGAUGAGUUCGGAGACCUCGAGUAGCCCCGUCUUGGGCGACGUGCCGAUCAGCGUGGCGCCCACAGACACCGCACUCUCUGUCAACGUCAGCGACGUGUCCCUCGGCCUGCAUACAUGGGCAAAACCACGCGACAAACGUGUGUCUGUGUGUGGUCGCAUCGCGUGUCUGUGUACCCGUCCUCCAGGUCAACAGAGAGCAGUCCGUGGCCCACAGGGAGGAACCGAUAGUGGCGGAUGUACGCCGCACCGUCCUCCUGCAAGACACGCAUUGCAGACACAAGGGUAAAAGAGCAGUGAUUCGCCUGGUGCAGCGGUGAGAGCCACGCCUGCCUAAAAGCAUCCACACAUACAUGACUUACUUACUUACCCCGGCGGUGGUCUCCCUCAUUGACCAGAAGCCUUCCUCGUUCCAUUGGAUCUUAGUGGACGCGGCCUUCUGCUCCUCCUGCUGGCCGCUGUACGCCAGCCGCACACACUGACCGCUCCACUUGCUGCAUCCAACAUCCAUGGGUGGACAAGCGCAACACAACACAACAUAGCUCAUUCAUCAGGGUCCUGCAGCGUUCCCGCAUCCGUGUACCCUUCCAGCAGAUGGAUGAACGAGAAGUGGAAGCCGUUGACGACGCACUUCUGCCCGUCCAUCAUCCUGACACACACACACACACACACACACGAACCGGAUAUGAGAGGCAGGCAGGCAGGCAGGCAGUCAGGCAGGCAGGGAAUCGUCAAGAUGUGCGGUGCUGUGUGGUGCACGUCCAGGCUUACAUUCGGAUGCACGGUGCCCGUGAAGCCCUCUGUCUGUCCAUGAGCUUCAUGAGGGUUUCCUGCUGGUGCUCCUCGCCAUUCACCUUGCCGACAGCCGUGUUGGCGAUCGGCGCUUCCUGUGGAUCUGACAUGGCGAUAAACCGCUUGAGGGAGAUCUGGUGGUCGUUUCAGCUGAGGC